UCAUUUCCUAAAGAAUUUAAUAGUUAUCUCGCGUUCAAUGUAUUAUUGAUAAAUGUAAAUAUUUUAUUCAUAAUUCAAUUUACAACUAAUAAAACCACAACACAAAUGGCAAAUCCGGUGAUUAUAUUCGUGAUCGGAGGGCCCGGCUCUGGGAAAGGCACCCAAUGCGAGAAAAUUUGCAAAAAGUACGGUUUCACUCACUUAUCGACCGGCGAUUUGCUUCGCGAGGAAGUGGCCUCCGGUUCAGACUUAGGCCAGAGUUGUAACGAAGUCAUGAAAAAAGGAAAACUCGUGUCCAAUGAACAGGUGUUGGCGCUCCUCAAGAAGGCCAUCCACAACAACAGCCGCACCAAUGGAUUCCUGAUCGACGGAUUCCCGCGACAGUUGGAUCAGGCGAUCGCCUUCGAGAAGGAAGUCAGUCCAUGCAAUAUAAUACUGUUCUUCCGGUGCAGCGAUGAUGUGAUGAUUAAGCGACUGAUGAACAGAGGGCUGACCAGCGGUCGGGUCGAUGACAACGAGGAGACAAUUAAGCACCGAUUGGACACAUUUCACGACAACUCGGUCCCCAUUGUGGAGCACUUCGGCGAGAAAGUGGUCAGUAUUUGGGCGGAAAGGGAGCCAAAUGUCAUCUUCAACGACGUGGUCCGGGCGUUGGACACCCUUCCCAAGGGAUCCAAAGAAGUUAAGAAA